AAACGCUUUCAUCUUAUGGCGGUGUUUGCGCUUAAAACCCUCGUAUUAGAUGCAUUACAAUCUGGAAUACUUUGACACCGUGAUUUAAGGAGUAAACUGAACUUUUUAUAUUUAAUACUAUUACAUUAUUAUGAGUGUGUAUAAAUCUGGGCAGCAGCAAAACAAUGUAUAUACAUAUGGAAGGUCUUUCGCAUUUUUCGGAUCAUCCACCGCCUCAAAAUACGAUGACGUACUUAAUAGAAGUGCAUAUUGUUUUGAAGGGGCAGUGAAUUAUAAGAAGCGGUUUGUGGUCAGGAGUGAGAGAUUAACUGCAGUUGGGUCGACUGGAAUCAAAGUAUCAUAUUAAUUCCGGGGGAUUAUGUACAGCCAUAUCAAUGAAUGGUGUUUCAGAAUCAUGAAUUAUAUAUAUUUUUUUAAAUGCGUGUCCGUUAAUUAUUUCAAACUACCAGGACGUUGUUUGGGCAGAGAAUGACGUAAGGCAUCAGCGCGAGUCACGUGACUGGCGCGCGCGUCACAGCGUCGCGCCUCAGUGCUGUCAGUGGACUCUCCGGUGGAAAAGGAUUCUUCUGACUUCAAACUGACGAUGGACUUCAACGUGAAGAAGCUCGCGUUCGGCGCCGGGACGCUCUUCACCCGCGCCGUCCAGUUCACAGAGGAAAAGCUGGGCCAGGCAGAGAAGACCGAGUUGGAUGCCCACUACGAGACCCUGAUGAGCCGUGCGGACGCCACCAAACACUGGACUGACAAAAUCUACAGACAGACUGAGGUCCUUCUGCAGCCAAACCCAAGCGCACGGAUUGAGGAGUUCCUCUAUGAGAAGUUGGACUGGAAGGCUCCGUCCAGAAUCACAAAUGGAGAACUGCUGGGUCAGUACAUGGUGGGAGCGGCCAAGGAGUUUGGUGCUGAAACUCCCUAUGGCAACAGUCUGAUGAUGGUGGGUGACUGUGAGAGAAGACUAGGAGCCGCUGAGAGAGAGUUCAUCCAGACAUCCGCCAUCAGCUUUCUCACGCCCCUGAGGAACUUCCUGGAGGGAGACUGGCGCUCUAUCACGAAAGAGAGGCGUCUAUUAGAGAAUCUCCGCCUGGACCUGGAUGCUUGCAAGGCUCGUCUGAAGAGGGCCAAGUCGGCCGAGGCCAAAGCUGCGGCUGUUCCUGAUUUUAAAGAGACCAGGCCACGCAACUAUGUCCUGUCAGCGAGUGCGUCGGCGCUGUGGAGCGAGGAAGUUGAGAAGGCGGAGCAGGAGCUGCGACUGGCCCAAACAGAGUUCGACAGACAGGCGGAGGUCACGCGGCUCGUGCUGGAGGGCAUCAGCAGCACGCAUGUGAACCACUUGCGCUGCCUGUAUGAGUUUGUGGAGGCCCAAGCAGUGUAUUACCACCACUGUCACUUCCACAUGCAGGAGCUGCAGAAAGAGCUGGCAAGCUCCAAUGAAGAUGUCCUCCCCAAUGCCUUCGCGCUGCACUCCACCUUCGCCGUGGGGACGGCUUCCGAAGGCCUCCUCGGCAGCCCGGCCGACCCCGACACCCUGAAGAUCGAGGAAGUGCAGGCUCCAGCUUCAGGCACCCGUAAGGCCAAAGUCCUUUAUGAUUAUGACGCAGCUGACUCGAGUGAGCUUUCCCUUCUGGCUGAUGAGCUCAUCACGGUCUUCACCGUGCCAGGUAUGGACUGUGACUGGCUGAUCGGAGAGCGUGGCAACCUGCGAGGAAAAGUGCCUGUCACAUACCUGGAGUUCCUGAGCUAGAGAGCCCACGCACGCACGCACGCACGCACACACACACACGCACUCACACACACACACACACACACACACACACUCACACACACACACGCACACACACACACGCACUCACACACACACACACACAAACACACCCACUCACACACACACACUCACACACACACACACUCACACACACACACACCCACUCACACACAAACACACCCACUCACACACACACACUCACACACACACACACUCACACACACACACACCCACUCACACACACCCACUCACACACAAACACACCCACUCACACACACACACACCCACUCACACACAAACACACCCACUCACACACACCCACUCACACACAAACACACCCACUCACACACACACACUCACACACACACGCACUCACACACUCACACACACACGCACUCACACUCACACACUCACACACACACACACACACACACACACACACGCACUCGAGCUAGUGUGUCGUAACCAAAAGCCAUAAGGAGCUGUUUUCAACCCACAUACUUUCACUGUUCCACUAACUCCCUGGAGUGGCCAUGCAUUCCUUCCAUGUUUACUGUGGGCCGAUAUGAAGAAGUGUUGAUGUCUUAUUUAUUUCCAUGCUGACGGAGGUUCAGCUGCGAUUGCGUCGCCUUCCUUGUCUCUUGGCCUCAGGGACUGACAACUAGGUUCCAAAGCUAACGUCAUGGCAACCGGAGAGUGUUGCUAGUUUACUGUCAGCUUCAGAUGAUGUGUAAACGACUCUCCUGAAAGCAGGAAGUGACGGUAUCACAGUUGUCCUGAAGGCCCCCUCAUCCUUCAGUGUUCACCGUUUCCUCUCAACUCUCCGUCAUGUGGACCUUAGAAGCGCCUUGGAGGACCUCCUAUUCAGUCCAGUUCUGACUCACCCUCACCUUCUCUGAUCCCACCGCUAUGAAGUACCAGGACCCAUCAUACUUUAGAAGAACGGCUCGCACGAGCACUGCCUUAAACACACACACCACCCGCUCCUCAAACUUGGUGUGGGCUUCCCAAAGCAGGAGCCUUGGCCUUCCGGACGUCCUGCUGCAUGCUGUCAACGUGCCUCCUCCCACGCAUGCUCCCCCUCUGACUCACGCCCAUCGAGACGGCGGUUUCCCAGAAGAAUUGGUCGGAUCAAUACCAUGAAUGGAGUUGUCAUUGCUUCCUGUCAAAUAACAGCAUGCAUCAGUGUGACCCAAGAAUUUGGAGGAAUGUAUCAUCUCAGCUUGUAGAAAGUCUUCUCCACCACCAGCGUCUCAUCCCAAGUCUGUUUGGACUUUUUGUGCUUUUCAGUUCCCUCUUUCGUGCCUCUAAAUGUCGGGACCGCUGUGAAUGAUGUUCCUGUCACUGUUGCCUGUUCUUCAGACUGUCUGGACUGACUCUGUGGGGAAUUCAUUAAACAAACUUUCUACAUUG